UUUAUUUCAUAAUAAGUAUUUACCAAUUUAGUUUAAAAGAAUUUGAGAGUAUGUUGAUUUAUUUAACUUUCGAAUAUAAUUUGCCUUUGAUCUUAUGUCUCGGUAUUAUGUUAAGCCACUGUCAAUCCUGGCAUCAAACAAGAUGCAUCUGGUUCCAAAAAUGACUCCAUUAAGAUUAAUCGAGACAAUGGAAGAUAUUUCAUCAUGGAAGGAAAAGAAUUGUGAUUCAGCGGUUAAAUUGUUUGCAAGCUGUUCUGCAAGACUAGUUUCUUUGCUUCCAGAGUUAAAAGUAUCUGAAAUUUCAAGAAUACUUUUCACGUAUAACAAAGCAGGUAUUGAAUACAAAUUUAUUAUCCCAAUGAUUAAAAAUUUUAUUCUACAACACUCAAAUUUAUCUGAUGCAGAGGAAUAUCCUUUUUAUAAGUGCUGUGUAAAUGACCUCUUACUUCUUUACAAGGGAUUUGAAAUAAAUCGAGUAUUUGAUUAUAAAAUACACAACCUAAUAAUUGAACAUAUUGUUAUACAGAAAAAAUAUAUGACGAACACAGACAUUUCCUUGUUCCUGAAAUCGCACUUCAACUACCUCGAAUAUAACAAGCAUAAGGAAGAUUCACUAACACAUUACCUUCACCCCGAAUUAUUAAAUGAAGUUAUACAUAUUUGGUUGAAUUCACCUUUCACCUGUACUCCAGAAGACGUCACUUCCUUCAUCAAAAACCUUGUUUUCAUUUUUGAAUUUUAUGAAAUUAAAACUGAAACGGUUACUUUGUUAAGCCAAUUCUUAUAUAAAUUAUCAAACGACGCCGUUAAAUUUAAUAUCAACCAGAUAUUGAGGAUUAUUUUGUCGAUUUGUAAACUAGUUAAAAGAGAACCGAAUGUAUGUGAACAAUUCAAUGAUGCUUGUACUAAUAUAAUAACAUCACUGCUAGAGGAGGCAAAUAGGAGAAACGAUAUUAUGACAUUCAGUGAAUGUUUGGAAUUGCUUCAUCAUUUAAAUGAAAUAAAAUACUGGAACAUGAAUUUAAUGAAAGGAAUGUUAUAUUGCAAAACAAAUGGAGUAAGAGAAAUAGAAGAUUCAAAGGUUUAUGAAAUCAUAUAUGGAAAAAUAAAUGAGCAUCCAAAAUAAAUAACUUGAAAAAUAGAUAAGGUGUGCAAUAAAUAAAAUACUUAAAAGGAAGUGUUGAUAAAUCUUUGGAAGUAUGUUAAUCCAAGCCAAUAUCAAAUUUUAUAUAAAAAAUUAAUUUGUGUGUUAAUGAAGGUUAUUGAAAAAAUGUGAUUUUCUGAGGAUUCUAUCAAGUGUGGCACAGUAUCUUCUUUUUCAAUAAAUUAAUAUUAUUUUAUAUUA